AAAAAGGAAUAAAAAGAAAAUGCCCAUAUUAAUAAUAAAAAAUAUAAAAAAAUUAUCAUGCUUUUCAACUUUAUUUCUAAAUAUUUCGGACUUCCUCAUUCCCCCUUCUUGAGUUCUCAAUAAUUCACUAGUUAUUGCAGUUUCCAAUUCUAACCACACUUUCUUUCUUCCAAAAUAUAAGUUCUUUUUAACCAUUAACCCUUCAUACUUCACAUUGCCUUAUUACCCAAUGUUCUCUACCCUUUUACCCAGAAAUAUUCAGACUUAAUUGUCAAGCUCUUUUACCCCCUUUUUAUUCCCAUUCACGAAACUAAAUCUACCCCCUUUCCUUGGAAUCGGUAUCCAGAAAUUUCAGCCAGCUCCUUAAUACAUUCCGAAUUCAGACCAUUUUUUAUCAAUCCAUAAUUUUUUUACAAUUCUCACUCACCCCACUCCUGCUCUGUCCCGUCCCAAUCUAAAUUUUGCUGAACCCUUCCCCCCUGCUGUAUUCCCAUCACUUUAUUUCCACUCUCAUUCUCUUUCUGCCCCUCUCCUACUUCCUUCUCCCCCUCUCUCACCGGGGUAACAACCUUUUUGUUUUUCCCCUUUUUGAGGGGCAUUUGAAUCACAACCCUUCCCUGUUUCACCUCUCCCACUGGAGAAACAGUGAUUUUUUUUGAUCCCUGUUCCACCUCUCCCACCAGUGGAACAGUGAUUUCUUCUUCCUCCUCCUCUAUCUCAGAAAUCAGUUCUGUUGGUUCAGCAAGUUGUCCUUCAAGAUUAUGAUUCUCCUCUGCCCUUUCUGAAGUUUCCAAGUCACAUCACAGCAUACGUGUUCUUCUGGUCGUUCUUCUCCCUUUUCUUCCUUUCUAAGUUCAAAUAGUUCAUCUAUUUCAAUAUUCAAUUCUGGUAAUUCCUCAGGCCUCUCAUACAUGCACAUUAUAUCAAGUUUAGAAUUACGAAUCUCCUCUGUCAUUUCCAGAAUUGUUUUCAAAAUCAACAAAUCCCACUGUGUGUCUUCCUUGUCACCAUCCAGAACCUUUUCUCCUAGUCUGCUAAUGCUCUCCUCCUCCAUAUUUGUAACAGGCAGGAAGGGGUGUUGUUAUUGUCCUUGUUUUGUAUUAUCCAUAUGUAAAAUUAAAAAAAAGAUAAGAUCCUGUCUGGUAUGGAUCCAACCUCUAUUUCUUUUCUUCUUCUCUUAACCAUCCGAAUCCAACUCAGUACUGAGCAGCCUUAAGGUUAAAAAUUCCUCUUUUAUUUAUCUGUAGCUCUCAGUCUCUAGCUCUCAGAGAGGCACAUUCUUUUGUAUUGUAUUGUGACGUCACAAAGACGGCUAACCGCUCCCUUUGACCCGGUUCCAAGUUCAUAGGGAGGUUUUCCCUUGUCAAAUCUCAGUCUUUUGCAGAGAUUAAAUGCACUUUAACUUUUUCCCUUACUCUGCAUCAGGAAAAAGUUUUUUUACGUAAAUUUCUGAGCUUUCCAUAGCUUUACUGCAUCAUCCAGUACUCAGUUGGGGGGGGCUGACUUCCCUUUUAAGCCUCCUCCCAGCGCCAAAUUCUUAGUCCAAAUCGAAAAUGUUUGACUUACUUAGUCAAAAUCUAGUCUUUUUGCAGGAAGAAUCCACCGCUUGCAGGCUGUAUGCUUGGAGCUUCGCUUCUUGGAGGUGACGAUGGCGCCCAAAAUGGCUCCCGCGACUACCACUCCGCUGGCUCUCGGGGGCUCUGCCGAGCUUCCCGGGCAUUGGAGGAGUCGCGUUUGGAGCUCCGCUGGGCUACUAUGCCCCCGGGACGCUCUACCCGGGGUUUUUAUGGGGAUCCGUGUGCCCCUGCGGAUUCCCCCCCCCUCUGCGAUGCCAGAAACCUCGGAGCUCGAGGUUUCUGCGCCUCUCCGCCAGCACGGUAGACCGGAAGUGAUGGCCUUCAGAUGUCUUCUAAAUGUCAGGUAGUUAUUUAUCUCUUUGACAUCUGAUGGGAGGGCAUUCCACAGGGUGGGUGCCACUACUGAGAAGGCCCUAUGUCUGGUUCACUGUAACCUCACUUCUCGCCAUGAGGGAACUGCCAGAAGGCCCUCGGCACUGGACCUCAGUGGGGUGAAUGAUGGGGGUGGAGACGCUCCUUCAGGUAUACUGGGCCGAGGCUUUGUAUGGUGUGUGCACAGCCAAAGUUGGCUUUUCCUCUUCAGAUACGUAUUUUGAUUCGCAAGAUACUCUGUAAUGUCCAUUGUCUGGAUCUCUUCUGCAUCAGAGGUCCUUGUCCCUUCCCCUCUUUAUUGAAAAGGGAUUUUUCUAGUGUGCCUUCCUCUUACACACAAUGUAAGCCAGCAUGUGCUUUGUGAACACCCAAAGAGGAAGCUGUGUAGACUGCAAGCACAGAGGAACUUGGCAGCCUUCCCAGGGGAUGAGGUUCUGAAAAAUAAGGGUCAGUUGAGCUGCUUGGCUUCAUACAAAACAACCUUUCUAUCACUGGAGGGUUGAAUGCCUUACCAGAACAGGGAAACAAUAUUUUCCCUUUCUUAGGGUGUGCUUGUUUACUUCUGCAUUUGCCCCCUCAAGGAAUUACAGGCACUGUAGUUUGUUAAGGGUGCUGGGAAUGGUAGCUCAGUGAGAGGUAAACCAAACUGCUCAGAAUUCUUGGAGGGAAAGAAUUUGCUUCAGAGGUGUGUUCAAGGUGUCACAUCUAUGCAACUUAGUUUAGUAUUGCCAGGCUGUGUGUGCUGCAGGAAUGGCUCAGUUUUGUCCUUGUUCUCACUGAGAUUGCAUACAUGGGUCUGUACUCGGGUGUUGCUCCAGGUUUGAGGGGGCUGUUAGAAAAAUACCUGCUGGUGGGCCCCCUCUUACGUUGCAGGGAUCUCUGGCAGGUUAACCCGGUAGUUGUGGUAGUAGCAGGCAGCAACACUCGGAUGAGAGCAGGACACAAACAGACACUGUUUUAUUUACUUGCAAUGUCCUGGGGAAAUGCCAUGUUGAGAGACUUAAAUGCUGGCUCUGAGACUCCAACUGGAGGCUGCCAUUUUCAUUUCUUACACUGUCCUGAAGGGCAUUGUGGAUAAUUUUCUUUAUCAUUGUGUAGGGGUUGAGGUCUCUGCCUGCCAGGCCUGCCCACCCUUUUCCUCUUCCACCCCAACCAAAGGUCCCCCCCCAGCUCACCUACCCUCUUGCCUAUCCCUUCACUUGCUCACCCCAAGCCCCAAAGCCCAAGCCCUUUUUAAGGAGUGGCCAUGCAAUUGCCAAUGAGCUCAGUUGGUUAGGGCAUGGUCCCGGGUUUGAUCCCCAUAUGGGUGCAUAUUUUUGCAUUGCAGGGAGUUGGACUAGAUGGUCUUUGGGGUCCCUGUUCUAUCACUCCACACCAUGGCUUGCUAAAUUGCUGUGUGAAGGGUCUUCCCCUGCACUUAGCAGCUCUGCCAAUGAGCAGCUCAGAGCAUUACAGCACCUUAAAUGUUGAUGUGUGUAGGAAGAAAGAAUUUUUUACCAGCUCUUCAGCUGAAAAAGACUCCCAGAGUGGCUUACAAAUAUCAAAAAUAGGACGUAAGAAGCUGUCUGUCAGCCAGAUCAUUGCGUCCAUGUAGCUUAGCAUGGUCUGUACUGGCUGACAGACAAAUGCUGCCCUCAGACUUAAAAUGUAAAAGGCAUGACACAAAAGGAAAAGAGAUGGGGAGGGAGGAGAAAAGUAGGCAUUAGCCCCCUUAGUAACAGCAUUCUUGUAAUGCCCAGCUGCAAUGGACGAGCGCAAGGAAAGGAGCGGCUAAAUGUCGCUGGUGUUCUGCUGAUUGACUAGAGAGGCCCUGCAGCCAUCUUCAAGGAACAGGCGCUGCCACAGGAGAAUGAAAACGCAGACUCUUUGGCAGGGUUUGAUGAGGCCCACAGCUACUGAAGGGUGAUGCUAGAAGGAGCCCGGAAUGCCUUAUGUGGAUCGUCAGAACCGAAUCUGUGGGUUCCUGGACAUUGAGGACAAUGAGUCCUGUGGGAAGUUCCUGCGAAGAUAUUUCAUCCUGGAUACCCAAGCCAAUAGCCUUCUGUGGUACAUGGACAAUCCCCAGAACUUGGCCGUGGGGGCCAAAGCAGUGGGAUCUUUGCAGCUGACCUACAUCUCGAAGGUCAGUGUGGCUCCCCCCAAACAAAAGCCCAAAACCCCCCUCUGCUUUGUUAUUAAUGCAUUGUCUCAGCGCUAUGUUUUGCAAGCCAAUGACCAAAAGGACCUGCAGGACUGGGUGGAGGCACUAAAUCGGGCCAGCAAGAUCACGGUUCCAAAGGGUGAAAGUUUCCCUCCAACUGCAGAAGUUGUCAAGAGUCCCUACAGGACUGAGAUCAUUGGUGGGGUGGUUGUGCAGACGCCAAUCUCAGUCAACCAGAAUGGAGGGGAUGGCUCCGAAAGCGGAGAGCCAGCUGUGCAUCAUCUUCUGAAACGCUCUCAGAGUUACAUCCCCAGGACCAAAACGCCAAGUGGGCCCCCCGUCCUCAAGAGCGGCUACUGUGUCAAGCAGGGGAAUGUGAGGAAGAGCUGGAAACGGCGGUAUUUCACCCUGGAUGACUUUUCCAUCAGUUACUUCAAGUGUGAGCAGGACAAAGAGCCAUUGCGGUCAAUCCUCCUGAAGGAUGUGCUGAAGACUCAUGAAUGUCUAGUGAAAUCUGGUGAUCUUCUAAUGCGGGACAAUCUCUUUGAAAUCACAACGAGCUACAGGACCUUCUAUAUCCAGGCCUAUAGCCCUGAGGACAUGCACAGCUGGAUCAAGGAGAUCAGUGGGGCUGUGCAGGCUCUAAAGAGCUGCCCUAGGGACUUGGUGAGAUCUGUUUCAGUGAACAAGCGUGGAAGCCCCAGCUCAGCCAUGCCUUCCAUUGAGAGGCUGAAGCAUCUGGGAGGGGAGCCCAAGGCCUCCGCCAAAAGCCCGUCAGCCUCAUGCUGGCUGCCUUGGAUGCCGGUGCCGCAGUCAGAAGGGAAGCUGCAGCCUGCAGCAGAGCAGAAGGCUGGCCUGCAGAAAGACUCGGAGUUCUCCCCUCUGUUUGCCCAACGAGAUGCUAGAGCCACGCAGGGCGGGCGUCUCCGGCACAGAUCAGAGCCCCAGAACUUUAAAGAGCAUCCAUUUCCCUUUGACCUGGAUGACGAGAGCAUCCGAACCUCGGAUGUGUGACUGUGCACUGCAAAGCAGCGCCUGUCGAUGUACAGACCAUGUUGACGCUUCCUGGUCCUGACACAUGGAUGUGUUGGGGCAAAUGCUAGCUAGCUUGCACAUGCUUAGGAAGCUGCAGCUGGAGCAGUCACUGUGAUGUGAUGACCUUCAAUGCGGGAAGGACAGGAGAUGCAACCUCCAGCCCUGGAGUCAUUCCUUGGACAUUUUCAGUGCAAUGUGGUUCCUUCAUCUCAGAUGCCUUCCCAUGUAGCCAAUCAGCUAGAAACCUGGUAUGGGUGUUCCGUGUGUGUGUGUGUGUGUGUGUGUGUGUCACUCACUGGAGUCAUCUUGACCUCUUCUGGCAAUGUGCCCAGGUACACCCCACUGUUUUUGUAGCAGCACACUGGUGGUCUGGCUGGCAUGCUUGAUCUGCAGGGGAGUUGAAGGCGCACUCCUAACUUUUGUGGGAGAGACUUUGAGGGUUCUUCCAUAAGUGUGGCUUUUGAAGAAAUCCUGUGGAACAGUGUUGCACUGUCAGUUUCGAUGUGAAUGUCUAACCUGUGUGUGUAACAGCUGCUCUUCAUCUUCAGUGAGCCAUGCUGCUGAUGUGGGGUGGCCACGCACUCUUUUUGUCAAGGUACAAGAGGUUGGAACAAGGUGGAGUUCCUGGAGAGCUUUUCCUGCAGAAGGGAGCAUAGGAAGCUGACUUAUCUUGAGACAACUUGUCCAUCCAGGAUUUCAGAGGGGGGCAUUUCUCCCCCCCCACCUGGAAAUGCCAGGGGUUGAACCUGGGACCGUCUGCAUGCUAGGCAUUUGAUCCAGCACUGAGCCAAAGCCCUUUCCUACACAGCAGCAUCAAUGCAGUUGCACAGAAGGCAAAUCAAACAAGGUUAUGGCAAGGAUUCUUCAGACUCUGGUAUGGGGACAUUCUGGUGGUCUGCAGUGUGUUAAACGGGCUAAAGCUAUAUUUACACUGGCACAGGCAACCUACGACCCUGUAGAUGUUGGAUUCCAACUCCCAUCAGCCCAGCCAGUUCAGUCAGUGGUCAAGGGUGAUGAGAGUUGAAGUCUACCAACACCUGGCUGUUCACUGGUUCCCCACCCCGGAUUUACACAGUGUGCUUUCAGCUGGUGUGUGAGACCAUUAUAAUAAUAGUAAACAACAACAACAACAACAACAACAACAACAACAACAACAACAACAACAGAAAAUCCAUGAAAAACUUUUCCAGAACUGGCGCAACCAAAAACUCCGUUCCUAACCCAGGAACUGUCUUGUGCCACAACAGACUUGGCUCAUCGAAUUCAACGCUGUCUACAUUAUUUGUCAGCGGAUCUCCAGGACUUCAGCCAGGAUCUUUCCACUCCUACCUGGAAAGGCCAGGAACUUCACUUGACUGCAAAAUACGUUUGCUGCCGCUCUUUCCUCCACCCCGCCCUGCACUCUGAUGCAUCCAUAGGGGAAAGGGCUGUGAAUGCCUCACUGAUGCUUAUCAGGCCCAAGACUAGCAAGGCCCACUUGCUACAGGAGGGCUGCCCUAGAUGACGUUUGUGCAACUGCACUGCAGUUUAGGAUAUUUAAUUCCAAAGAUUUUUUAACAGCCUUCCUUGUGUUGCCUGGAGUAUGAAGAAAUGCAGAGAAAGGGCCGGACAGAAGUCAGUGCAACAGAAUCACUGUUCUAAAAUUCAGCCCUUGGCUCUGGCUUCCUAAAUGAGGACUGUCACACACUAACACAGCUACACCAUGCAUUUACAGCCCUCUUGGAACACUUGUAAUAGCCAUGGCUUCCUCCAGAUAAUUUGGGGACUAUAGUUGGCCAAGGGUGCUGAGAGUUAUUAGAAGAUCCCUUAGGAAAUGACAGUUCCCAGGAUUCUCUGGUGGGAGGGGUGCCAUGAUGGUUACAGUGGUAUAAAGAGUGCUUUACAUGUAUGGUUUGGAUGUGACAAAUCUGCAUUAAGGGAACUUCUUAGCUCUGAAUGUCCAGGACAGAAGGAAAGUGAGGACUAGCUCCUCUCUAAACAUUUCCUUCUCCCAUAUUUCCAGGUCACAAUGUAGUCCUCUAAAUAACGUUUGCCUUUGCAAAGGGCUGGAGUUGUGAUCAUCCCCCCCCUAAAUUGUUCCGGGUGCCUGACUAAAACAGAAAGCAAAGCAAAACGCAAAUCUAGCAAGGAAAAAUGAUCAAAGAGGAUUUUGCUAUGUGAAGACGACUCACAAACAGUGUGAACAUCUGUGAUCAGAAUAUACUCAGGUAUGCUCCCUUUUUGUAUGGCAGGUUUUUCAGGAGCACAAACAUAUUUGUUUUUUGAGUGGGCUGUGAUAACUUAUAUCAAGCUGGAUUACUCCCCACCCACCCCUUUUAAUGCCAACAUUAACCUGGAACAGCUUCUGGUUAAUAUCUGAAGCAAUAAAGAUACAGAGAAUAAAGUGUGUGUGCUGCACAAAAAAGAAUACUGUUUGCAUAAUUUUUUAAAUAAUUUUUUUACUAUUCUGGUUUUUCUCAUCAUAAAAAUCUUAAGACAAUUUGUGCAGUGCUUAAAGGCUUUGCUUCCGACCCUCUGUGUGGAGAGGCCAGCAACCAGGCAUUCUCAUUAUAUUUUCAUAGUCCAUGCAUGACAGUCUGAAGUAGGGAAAGAUAUGCUUGGGCUGCAACUCCCCAUUAGACCAACCCAGCAUGGGCAAUAGCCAGGGAUGAUAGAAGUUUUUAGUCCAGCAACAAAUGGCUGGCCACAGGUGGGCAAAGGCUGCCCUAGGCUGCCCUCUCCCUGCCAGCCUGGUCUGAAGCUGUGCCCUGUUGGGAUGGGGAUAUUGUGGAUAGAGCUAAUAUGUGCCAGCUUAUUAGCUGGCCAAUUUAUUUGGAAUGUCCACAGGGAGCUAGAGAAAAGCAAGGAAGUAGAAGAAAACUUGCUCAAGUAUUACUUGCUUACUUGGAAGCAAGUCCUACUAAGUGAGGCCUACUCCCCAAGCAAGUGUGCCCAAGACUGCAGCCAUGUUUUGCUCUUCAAAGACUUUAGAAGGCAUUGCAAACACACUUUGUAGCUGUCAAAAUAUUGCUCUUUUUCUCUUGCCAGCCCUCCAAUUUAAAAAGUGGAAUUCCUCAAGAAGCUGAAUUGUACCACGUCUUGAUACCAUGUUCUGCACUUUUUCUGCAUCCCCCAGGAUCUCAACAUGCACACCACAGCCCUGGUCCUUUCUGCAUCCACCACAUGCAGGGGCGUAGCAAGGGGGGAGCGGAGGGGGCAGCCCGCUCCCAGCUCCGUCUUUUGGGGGUAGCGCAAGCGGCGGCACCCCACUACGUAGUGUGCAUGCGCAGCAGUGCCACGUAGCAACACAUGCGUCGUAUGUAGCGACGCAUAUGUCAUACAUAGUGAUGCUGCGCAUGCGCACUACGUAGUGACGCCCCGCCCCUGUAUGCGUGUCAUGUUUGCCGCUCCAAGUGCCCGAGCGGCUUCCUACGCCAGUAACGGCAUGAGCUCUGCUGCUGAGCUAUGGACCCCCAUCCCAAAAGAAGGAAUUAAUCAAAUUAAUAAUGUUGAAAUGUGGCCCAAGGCUCAAGAUGGGAGAUGUUUCAGGAUUCUGCACCUUAACUCCCUGCUCUUUUAUAGGGAGAGAAGAGGCUUACACAUUGCUUUUUCCUUGUGAAUACAUGCAAAAUAAUUAUUAAAAGAGAUUUAUGGUGGAAAAGUAGACUUUGCUGGAAACGAUGAAAAUUCAUUUGAAUGAAUGGAAGUAGUAUUGAACCAGAUGGCCAUUUUUCUUUUUCUUUGCUUACAAAAAUGUACAUUUGACUAAUACUGUUCUGUUGUGUGUUUUUCAAAAUAAGUAUUCCUUUGCACUAACUUGUAUUUUAAACCCGUGAGUACCUUGUCAAGUUUGCCAAUAAUUUCCUGGAAAUCCUUGUCUGCUUUUAGUAGGCAGAGGUCAGGUGGCUGCAAUGCUUUGCACUCCACUUCUUCCUCUGCUCCGUUUCAACCUGCCCUGCAACUUUGCUAAAAGAAAAAGUUCUUUGGUCUAGGUGAAAUGUGUGUAAAUACCACAACAGUCUUCCUCUCCUAGACUGUGUUUGAAACACACAUGCCAUGUGAUUCGGUGCAUUUUUACUCAGAAGCAAAUUCCACUGUGUUCCACCCACAGAGUACGUCUGUGUAGGAUUGUAGUCUGAAUUUGAAACCCUGUGGAUUUCUUUCAGUGGACUUCUCACGUAGGUAGGUCUGCUUAGACAGGAACAUCAGGGAGAAGAGCCUUGAAGCCAGAAUCCCCCUCCAGGUGUUGUUGCACUCUGGCUCCCACCAGUUCCAACCAGCAUGACCAAUGGUCAGAGGUGGUGGGAGAUUUGGUCAAAAACAUCUGGAGGGAUCAGGUUGAGGAAGGCUGCCUUAAGCACAGGACACUCAAUGCUCGGUGUGUUUACUUUGAAAUACAGCUUCAAUAGGGCUGGCGCAUUCCCCCCUUAAAUGUGCGUUGGAUUGGUGGCCCUUGCCCUGCACUCCUAAGCACACAGCCUGCAGGGAAGCCUCAUUGAAGUCACUGCAACCUCCUGAGUAAAGCUGAUCAGGACAGGACCAGUGUGUUACAGCUUGCACUUGCCUUUUCUUGAAUCUAUAGAUUUAAUGUGAAGCAAAAACAUUGGGGCUAGAAAUUCCAGCUAUGUUGCUGUUAAUAAAUUGAAAUGGCAGCUGAGCCAGACACUUGACAGGCGCCGCAGGGGACUUGGAAAUGCAUUGCUCUGUAUUAGUAAGAGUUGGCAACACCUUCUGGAGCUCCUCCCAAAGCCUGGAUAGCACAGUUCUGAGCAGUUUUCUAUUUAACCCACACUUUCUAAUAUUAUUAUUUAUUCAAUUUGUAUACCACCCUAUACCCGCAGGUCUUAGGGCGGUUCACAACAUAAAAUCACAAUAUAAAAAUACUGAAAAACAAAAAACAACCCAAUAAUCACCCACUUCCACAACACAUUUUAAAAGCGCAUCAGAUAUCAGUCAGCCAAAGGCCUGAUUAAAGAGGAAUGUUUUUGCCUGGCGCCUGAAAGUGUAGAAUGAAGGUGCCAGGCAGACCACCCUGGGGAGAGCAUUCCACAGGCAGGGAGCCACUGCAGAAAAAGCCUGUUCUCAUAUUGCCACCCUCUGGACCUCUUGUGGAGGAGACAGCUAGGUUCCUCGAUUCUGACUCAACCUUACAAAGGGCUGCUUGGGACUUUGUGGAAAGCAUGGCCUCCAUGGGGCUGUCCCUGAAUAAGCUUCUGAACCCCUCAGUGUUUUGAAUCUAUUGUGCAAGUUCUACUGCAUGUGACUCAGAGCAGAGGUGUCUAAUAGGAGAUGCCACUCCUCCCUACACCCAUGAUGUGGACAAUCCACAUCCUAACAUUCUCCUUUGAAAGCCUUGUUGAAAUGCUCGAAUCCGCAAAGACUUCAACAUCUUUAUCAAUGACUUGGAUGAUGGGCUUGAGGGCAUCCUGAGCAAGUUUGCAGACACCACCAAAUUGGGAGGGGUGGCUAAUACCCCAGAGGACAGGAUCACACUUCAAAAUGACCUUAACAGAUUAGAGAACUGGGCCAAAGCAAACAAGAUGAAUUUUAACAGGGAGAAAUGUAAAGUACUACACUUGGGCAAAAAGAAUGAAAGGCACAAAUACAGGAUGGGUGACACCUGGCUUGAGAACAGUACACGUGAAAAGGAUCUAGGAGUCUUGGUAGACCACAAACUUGACAUGAGUCAACAGUGUGAUGCAGCAGCUAAAAAAGCCAAUGCAAUUCUGGGCUGCAUCAAUAGGAGUAUAGCAUCUAGAUCAAGGUAAGUAAUAGUACCACUAUAUUCUGCUCUGGUCAGACCUCACCUGGAGUACUGUGUCCAGUUCUGGGCACCACAGUUCAAGAAUGGUACUGACAAGCUGGAACUUGUCCAGAGGAGGGCAACCAAAAUGGUCAAAGGCCUGGAAACAAUGCCUUAUGAGGAACGGCUUAGGGAGCUGGGUAUGUUUAGCCUGGAGAAGAGAAGGUUAAGGGGUGAUAUGAUAGCCAUAUUCAGAUAUAUAAAAGGAUGUCACAUAGAAGAGGGAGAAAGGUUGUUUUCUGUUGCUCCAGAGAAGCGGACACGGAGCAAUGGAUUCAAACUACAAGAAAGAAGAUUCCACCUAAACAUUAGGAAGAACUUCCUGACAGUAAGCGCUGUUCGACAGUGGAAUUUGCUGCCAAGGAGUGUGGUGGAGUCUCCUUCUUUGGAGGUCUUUAAGCAGAGGCUUGACAGCCAUAUGUCAAGAAUGUUUUGAUGGUGUUUCCUGCUUGGCAGGGGGUUGGACUGGAUGGCCCUUGUGGUCUCUUCCAACUCUAUGAUUCUAUGACCUCCUUUCACUUGGGCAGCUUCUGUUUUGGAGGGACCUUUUCACAAAGGACCCCUUGACUUUCAACUGUCUCAUCUACUGCUGAAAAGGUUCACCCAGCUAGAUCCUUCUGGGAAUCUUACCAGGAAGGAUUCACAAAGGUGAUGGAUAACUCCAACUGCUCCUGAAUUUGAAGACUUCAUUUAGCUCUCAAUACCAUGAUUACCCAGUUUCCUUUUGAAAACCGCUAAGCCAGUCUUGUGGCAGUGGGCCUCAUCUUUUGUUUUUCGUACUGUGUGGAAAAGUCGUUUAUUGUGUCUGGCUGAGCCAGGAGAGAAAUUUCCCUUGUCUAUAAGGUUGCAGGCCUAGGCCCCACUUUUACGAGAGAGCAAGCCCCAUUGAAUUCAACAGGACUGCCCAGUAAACCUGUUUAAAAUCACAUGAUGAUGAUGGUGAUGCUUGUUUUGCAUCGGUGGAACUGUCACUUGGUCUAGAAUCUGCCUAAACCAAAAUGCUUGGAUGUGGUCCUGUUGAAGUAAAUCCAAGUUAUUUGUCUUAAUUUAGCCUACAGAUGGAUGAAGUUGUAAUAAUUUUUCUCUCCUUGCCAAGCAUCCACCCAGUGGGUUCAAGGAAAAAACAAACCGAUCCAUCAUCAAAACUGUUUUCUUGUUUUAUUAAGAAAAAGGUUUUGGAAUUGUUUGAAUGUUAUGCUAUGGUAAUCCCAAUAAUAACUCUCAGGUGUGAAUUGCGCUCCUGUAGAAAGAGUAAUUUUUUUCUCUGAGCAAAAUUUAUGUGGUACAAUUGCUUAAUCCGAACAAGUAAUUGGGGAUAACUGUUUUAAUAAAACAGAAUGAACAUUUUAAUGUGUUUUUCUUCCUGCUCUGGCUGUCUGGAGUAAUUUAAGAUGUCAUUACUUUUUAAAUCAUGAAAAUUAUAAAUUAGUAUUUUCCCGCUUAGCAGUGACAAAAAAUGGUUAUGUAACCACUCCAAGAGGGUGCAGGUCAUGUAGCUUAAAGGAGGGCUAUUUACCAAGCACAAUAUUUGGUUCGGACCCUGAUUCAACAUUUCAGAAAAGGGCACAAUUCAGUCCGAAGUGCUUCAGAGGCUGUCUGAUGCAACUUGCAGUCUUAAUAACAGAUCAGAAAAGCAAUGCUUUGUGCCUCCCCUAUUCAGUAUUGUGGGGAAAUAAAAAAAAUGGCCUAUCCAGUUUUAAAACAACGGAAUGCCUCCUGUUGUUCUCUUACCGGUAUUUGUUCUACAUCAAUAUCCCACUUUUGUAGGUAGAACAAAGGAUAGGACUUUCAUCUCUGAGUAGGAGGCAAUAUUUAGUGAACACGAAGGUCACCUCUCUCCAUCCUCCAGGCAAGCAGGAGGGAUCAUCACAGUUCAAGGACACCCUCCCAGGGCUGGAGAGGGGGUUGGUCUGGGAGGGAGAGUCCGGAGGGCCACAUUUGGCCCCAACGCCUGAUGUUCCCCACUCCUAAGGUACAGUGAUCUCAAGGGUAUCUCCUUCACCAAAUCCUUGAAAAUUGCUGGUGGGCUUGAUCAUGGCAGGCCCUUUAAUACACUCCCCUCCCCGUAAUAAAAAAACACAUACAUUAAUUGUAUUUUAAAAACCAAAAUUUUGCCUUUAUAUUGAGAAAGUUAAAAGCAAUUUUAUUUUCUUCAGCACUGGCAACAUGAACAAAAGGUGUGCUGCAUUGUGGAAAAGGUGGGUCCCAAGCUAAGCCACUGAGAAAGGACCCUUAAUUUGUUGGUUCUCAAACUUUUCUCCACACUUUCAGAAACGUUUUUGCUCAUGCCAUACUCAACUUUUUACUGAUAAGACAUUGGGAAACAAAAAGAAACAACCACCAGCAGUGCUUGAUUUAUAACACAGUGCACAACUACUUUAUAAUCUGAUAAUGGGGGAUACACCCUCCCAUAUCACACCACACUGAAAUGUUCAAAGAUUUGAUUGUCCUUGAAUCUUCCACCCACACUUGCCAUCCUCUCCACACUCUUUGAGAACCACUGUUUUAACUGGUAAAAUGUUAGGUGGGAAUAGUCUACUUAUUCUGAGCCCAGAGGGUCGCCUGCCUGAGGCCACUUUGACCUCCACUGGCAGGCUUACCAAUGCAGGGCCAAGGAUCACCGCCAAGCAUCCAUGGGCCAUCUCAAAAAGGGUUCCAGGCCACACAACACCUGUGGUCUAGAAUUUAAGAAUGUAUGAUCUAGAUUCUAGACAGUCUUGCCCCAGCCGUUUGCCAUGCCAGAUGCCUUAUUGCGACUAGUUUGACUACAAACUAUGGUCAUCACAUCCCUAUAGCGCCUUAUUUUCUUUCUUACACUGCAGUUUCCAUCCUUGAGAAAGUGAUCAGGAGUGGAGUGGACAGGAAAAUCAACACUAAGGCGUAUCUUUCCCGCUGUGCAAAACAACCUACACUCAUAUCUAAGAAAUCUACACAUUUUCUAAAACGAUGUGCUUUACCCUGGAAUGAAUUACUAUAUUCAGCAUUUCGCUUUAUGUUUUGGACAGUGCGCGCAGUUAAACAAUCUCUUCCGUCCGCCCGGCGCCCCCUCCUGCGAUUGCUCCCCACGCGGAGACGGCGCGGUUUGGCCGGGCGGGCUGCCUGGCCGUGGGCGCGCGCCGAGGGCCUUCCCUUUCCCCGCCCG